AUGACUGUAAGUAGACGACUUGCCUUGAGUAGUGCUAGUGGAUCACCAUUCAAGCUUUUUGACUACCAGAUCAAUGCCAUUGAGAAUGUUCUUACAUCCAUUGAACAAGGAACAAGGAAAAAUGCUGUGGUAUUAGCAACUGGAGGAGGUAAAACAAUCGUGUUCUCUCAUUUAAUCCCAUUACUAGAACAAAGUUCAUCAAGAGGCCCAAAGACUCUUGUUCUUGCACACCGGAAAGAAUUGGUGUUUCAAGCUGCUAAAACCAUUAAAUCUGUUAAUCCUGAUUUACAAGUAUCUAUAGAUAUGGCCGAUAGAAAAUAUGAUCCCGAAGCCAACGUCAUAGUUGCUUCUGUACAGACUUUAGCAUAUAAGUCUCGAUUAGAAAAUUACAAUCCUUUAGAUUUCAAGACCUUAAUAUUGGAUGAGUGUCACCAUGCAGCAGCUAAGACUUGGAAGGAACUUCUCCGUUAUUUUGGUGCAGAUACCCCCGAAACAGAUAUAAAUACCAUAGGGUUCACAGCAACAUAUGAAAGAGCAGAUGAAAAGGAUCUCACUGAAAUAUUUGAUAAGGUGGUAUAUCGUAGGUCUCUAUAUACGAUGAUAACUGACAAACAACUCUGUGACAUACUCUUUCUUAAGGUCAAAGGACUGUAUUCAUUGGAACAUGUUAAGUCGUACAAAGGAGAUUACAGUGUAUCACUGUUAGAGGAGGCAGUUAACAAUACUAAUAAUAAUACUGUUGUUGCUGAUGCCUAUUUACGAUUGAAGAAACGGUACAAUUUUAAGUCCACUAUAAUAUUUUGUGUUGGAAUUGAACAUUGUAAAGCACUAUGUUCGGUAUUACAAAGAUCAGGAGUUAAUGCUCAAUAUGUUAUAGGUGAAACGCAGCUGAAAGAAAGACAAGAUAUGAUUAAAGACUUUCUGGAAGGGAAAAUUGAUGUUUUAUGUAACGUCGGCGUGUUUACUGAAGGGUUCGAUGUGCCUAGAAUCGAUUCAAUUAUAUUGGCCCGACCCACCAAAUCUCGUGUUCUUUCUCAACAAAUGGUUGGUCGAGGAUUAAGAAAGCAUUCAGAUAAGAAAGUCUGUUACGUAGCAGAUGUCUGUGGGUUUGAAAGCACUAUGACAUCUGUAUUCUCAUUGCUCACACAAAGGGAGGGCGAAGAUCUCAACCUAGAGAUUGAUGAGAAGAGGUUUACUGAUUUAUUUGAGGAAACUGAAAGUCGAAGAAAGAAAAAAAUGGAAGGGAAUGGAGGAAAACUUCUUGCUGAUGAUGGAAAGGCUACUAACGUUUUGCUAGAUCUUACUAAAGACUUAGAAACUCUUACUAUUAAAGAAGUAGGAAGCAUUACUCACUUUGCAAACAAGGAGAUUGGAAUCAACGAGAAGGAAGAAAUACAUGGAUAUAUUAGAGCACAACCAGGUAAUUGGGUAUGGCUAGAUACUGAUCUUUGGGCUCUUCGAUUAACGAGCGAUUUAUUCGUACAUUUGCUAGUCAAGGAUAAGUUUGAAGUCUCUCUCAGAACCUUGAACAAUCAAAGAUUUAAUGGAAUUCAUAGAAUGAGAAACACAAGCGUCGAAGACAAGGGGAAAUCAACCAAGAAUUUAAUUGAAGCGGUCGAAAUUGCGCAGGCCUUUUCCAAAGAUAUUAAGAGAUGGAGAUUCCAAUUCAACACAUUAACGAGUGCCAAACAAGUUGAUUAUAUCACUAAUGUUCUAAAGAAAAAGAUUAUUAAGUUGUUUCCCACAGAAGACUCGGACUACGUAAUAAAAGUCUUUAAAAAGAAUCUUCAAAAGACAUCUCUGGUCUUUUCUGGUAACCUUAUCUUUGCCUUUCGAUAUUCAAUUAAUAUUCCUGCAGUGUCGGCGAUGAUUAAGAUGGUGAUGAGAGAUGAUUCACAAUGA